AUGGAUCCUGUUGUAUUCAGAUUCAAGCCUGCCCCAACACAGAUGGAUCUUAAGGGAAGUACCAUCGAAGGAAUCGUUGGCAUCGCGUUCAUGUUGGCCAUUCUCAUGUUCUUCGUCACCCUUGCCUUUGUGCGCCAUAUCAGGACAAGGCGGCCAAGUCGUCGCGCACAACGAUACCUUCCCGCCAGUCGACGCCUCAGGCUUGAUGCCCCCGAGGGGACUGUGGACAACCUUCAUCCCCCUCCGCCAGCUUACGAGACUCUCUACCCUGUUGCUGGGCGCCCGCAGUUCCGGCCUUGGUCAUGGUGGGCGACGUACUUGCAACUGGGCAAUGAGCACGAGACUGCGGACCCUUCAGACGGCGAUGUUGAAGAAGGAACUGGGAGCCCGUCCCAGCUCAGAAGCAGCCCUCCAAGCUCUCCAACAUGGGCGCCGCCUCUCUUGCCUCCUCCCUACGAGCUCAUCGCUUGUGCUGAUUGGGUACGGAAUACUCGGACUGCUGCAGCAAUGCGAGAACCCCAUGUAAUUGACGCGGAUGCCUGGUCAAGUCUGACCACGAGGGAAAGGCGGAGGGAAAUCCUAGUGACCGAGAGGGAGAUAUCCCCUAGCGAAGGAUGA